AUGCUCCCUCUCCUCCUUUCCUUACUGGCACUACCGACGAGUGAUGCCGCCCAGUGUUGCGGCUGGUUUAACAAUCUGAAAGAAACCCAGCUCUGGGAAGCACGCGAGAAGCUAUGCUCCAACGUUUGGGCCAACCAGUACAUCGACCAAGGCUACCUCGCCAAAGUGACCGUGGAGCCGCGCUACUGGACUACUGUUGAGUACGCCUUCUGGGCUCACACGGAGACCGGCAGUUUUUCGGAAUGCUGGGACGCAACGGAGCAGAUCAUCACCCAGUGCGCCCGCAAUAAGCACAGUGUUGGCACUUGGGAGGCUUACGGCCAGAUGUACGCGAUGUCGGCGGCGCAGCUCUCAUACAAGAGCGGCAGGAGGAGUCUGGAUCAUGCGAAGCCACUACCCGACUUUGAGGUGAUUGGCAUCCAACCUCACCCUGCGGCAGGGAACGCAUCAGGCGACGCAGCAUCACCAAUCACCAACGGCCUCGUUGACGGUCUCUAUGAAGUCAACGGCGUGCCUGUCGAGGUCCACUUUGAGGGUUUGGACAACCAUGGCCUAGCCUCUCGUGAGCUGUCUCAAGACGUCCUUAUAACCAGCAAGGGCUCGACUACCGACUGGAAUCUGACUGCGACCCGGACCGUGAAGCUUGGCGACGAGAUUGCCCGCGUCGUCCGCAGCAGACAGAAUCGAUCAGGAACCUUGGAGAAGCGCCGCCAAGCUUGCGAAGUUGGUUCGCACAGUUACGUCAUGCUCGCGAUUGGGGAGUGGCAGGACGCUUGGGAGGUCUCUUCGAACACCAUGAUGUGUGGGCAGAACGGAGGGUGCUCGCAGACAAAGGGGUGGUCAAAGACCACCUCCGAGAGCUUCAGUAUUGGUAUCACUUCGGAUACUCGUGGACGCGAAGCUGGACGCGGUCCAUCUCUUCAACGUGCACGUGGAUCACUGUGCCAUGUCUGGUUCACCGCUCAGAAGAUGAGAUGGCAGCGCGGCUUCUUGAUCGAGGACGUGCCCGGCAUGCCAUACGACGCCACGGCCGUCCGCGUCACGCUCGUCCAUGCCGAUUCACCGCAGGAGGCCGCAGCCGAGAAUUGCUUCAAGGGCUGUUGUGGACACGCCAUCCCAAAGCCUGUGCCCGACUUCUGCAGUAUGAUGCCAGCUGGCAGCGGUAGGGAGGAAUACUACGGCUGGUGUAACGAUUGGGACAAUGUCCCACCGGCUUGUAACUAUAGCAUGUCCGACAAUGACCACGACAAUUGGCUCAAAACUGGGACAGCUAAAGGUCGGGAGCUCAUGUCAGUUUUCGACAUAGACGGCCAGCUGGUCGUCGGAGAAGUCGAAGACUCCAUCAAUCUCUGCUCAGAAGGAGGUGGAGGCGCUGUCGUAAACCCUGCCACUAAGCAGGUCGCCGAUAUACCAGUAUAUCUCUGUGCGGUACUACCGGGAGGCAAUGUCUCCAGCAUCAACAAGGCCUAUGUGAACGGCCACAACGGUUCUGCCUGCGUUCCGCCGAUUCCUGCAAUGUCGAACGGCAACCUCUCUCACUGGGUGGACAUCGUCAGAGACCACCAGGACGAGCUCAUUCGUUCUUUCAAUGUGUCCGACGGUCAACUCAUCGUCGGAAAAGUGGAGGACUGGAUCGAACCUUGCACGAAGGCCGGCGGCGGUGCGGUCUCCAGUCCGAUCGCUAAGAAGGUGGUGGGCGAUGUCCCUGUCUACAUGUGUUCCCCGUAUCCUGGCAGCGACGUUGAUGUGAUCAGGACGACUCUCUUCGACGGGAAGAAGAACGCCUCUGGAAACUAUACACUCUUUGACUCCAUUCGGAGCGGGAGUUCAGCUCUACCGGCAGCUAUCCUGCCUUCCCACUUGGGGGCUUGGUGGUGGCUACCACUCUUAGCUGCUGUUGCGAUGACUGUCUUAUGCUAG